GACGCCACCUUCUCCACAGCGACCUCUGCAGUCGGCCCUGACAGCCGCCUCUACAACGCUUUCAACGUCCGGAAGGGCUCGGAGACCGAAGGCGUGCUUCGCAGCCACGACCUGAAAUUCGGAGACAUCGUUUGGGCAAAGUCCUUUUCAGAAGGUAUUAACGCAGCUCCUGCUGUGGGGCCCAUGGGCCCCCAGAAUCGCACCACCGUCAUCGUUGGUGUCGGCAACAACCCGGAGUGCCUGCCGGAACCGGUCAUCGGCACGACGAAGCGGGCCAAGCUCUACGCCUUAGACGCAGAGACGGGCAACACUCUCUGGAGUUUCACUGCUCCG